AUGAAGGACACCUUUGGAAAAUUCAAUUCUAUCAACUUACAGCGUGAGUGUUUCUCUUCUAGCACUUCUGACGAUGUGGAGAGCCGUACCCCUACGGGCGUUCUAAUAACUGCAUCGAUCACCGCCAUGACAGAAUUCGCCAGCAAUGUCUCCACAGGCAGCAUCCUCAUCCCAAUCGUUCUAAGCAUCGCUGAGUCUUUGCAUAUUCAUCCGUUAUACUUAGCGAUGCCGGCCACAGUAGCCUGCUCAUUCGCCUUCAUGUUGCCGAUGGCCACUCCUCCGAACGCUAUCGUGUUUGACACGAAGAUUGUCGGAAUGCUCGAAAUG